GGGGGAUCCGGCAAGCAUUGUGCGCGCACCUUCUCUGCUGCCUCCCAAACCCUCCAAGGGAGGGUGAGGAGCGGCGGAGGGAUCGGCGUCUGGAGCCGGGUGCGCGUGCGCAGCGAGCAGCUGUCACCCAGUGCGGAACAAGUCUCCCAAAUUUCUGAAAUCUCUGUGGUCCCGAGGCCACUGUUUUCCAUUUCCUUUUCCUUCUCAGGGCCGGGUCCUCGCUCCACGCUUGCGCCAGAGACCACCCCAGCCACCAUGGAGGUGGCAGAGGCAGAAAGUCGUCUGAAUCCCAGCUGUAAGAUCAUGACCUUCAGACCUUCCAUGGAGGAAUUCCGGGAGUUCAACAAGUACCUCGCAUACAUGGAGUCUAAAGGAGCCCACCGUGCUGGUCUUGCAAAGGUGAUUCCUCCUAAGGAGUGGAAGCCAAGGCAGUGCUAUGAUGACAUUGAUAAUUUGCUAAUCCCAGCACCGAUUCAGCAGAUGGUCACAGGGCAGUCAGGACUGUUCACUCAAUACAACAUCCAGAAAAAAGCCAUGACAGUGAAGGAGUUCAGGCAGCUGGCCAACAGUGGCAAAUAUUGUACUCCAAGAUACUUGGAUUAUGAAGAUUUGGAGCGCAAGUACUGGAAGAACUUAACUUUUGUGGCACCCAUCUAUGGAGCAGACAUUAAUGGGAGCAUAUAUGAUGAGGGUGUGGAUGAAUGGAACAUAGCUCGCCUAAAUACAGUCUUGGAUGUGGUUGAGGAAGAGUGCGGUAUUUCUAUUGAGGGUGUAAAUACCCCCUAUCUCUAUUUUGGCAUGUGGAAAACCACUUUCGCAUGGCACACCGAGGAUAUGGACCUCUACAGCAUUAAUUAUCUCCACUUUGGAGAGCCCAAGUCUUGGUAUGCAAUACCUCCGGAGCAUGGGAAACGACUUGAAAGACUAGCUCAAGGUUUUUUCCCAAGCAGUUCUCAAGGGUGUGAUGCAUUUCUUCGCCACAAGAUGACACUGAUAUCUCCCUCAGUGUUGAAGAAAUAUGGUAUUCCCUUUGAUAAGAUCACUCAGGAAGCUGGAGAAUUUAUGAUCACUUUCCCAUAUGGGUACCAUGCUGGUUUUAAUCAUGGUUUCAACUGUGCAGAAUCUACAAAUUUUGCUACUAUCAGAUGGAUUGACUAUGGGAAGGUUGCUAAAUUGUGCACCUGCAGGAAAGACAUGGUGAAAAUUUCAAUGGAUAUCUUUGUGAAGAAAUUUCAGCCAGACAGAUACCAGCUUUGGAAACAAGGAAAGGAUAUAUACACCAUUGAUCACACAAAGCCUACUCCAGAAUCCACCCCUGAAGUAAAAGCAUGGCUGCAGAGGAGGAGGAAAGUAAAGGGAUCCAGGAGCUUCCAGUGCACUGGUUCUAACUCCAAGAGGCCUAAACAUGAGGAAGACAAGGAAGUGUCAGCUGCAGUCAGUGAGACAAGGGGCCCUAUCUCUGACCCAGUCCGAGACAACCUCAAAGUCAGGGAAAAGCCAGAAGAAGUAAUAAAACUGGGGAACACAGAAGCACCAUCAGAGGAAGAGACCUCUACUAGCAGGAACCAGCUGGAUCCAAAUUCAUCAGAUAAUGUCAGACUCUCAGGAAACAGCUGUUUAACUACAUCUCUAAUGGAGGAAGUAAAAAUUAAGGAUAACCAAGCCUGUGCCAUAAUUCCAUCUUUGAAUCCCAGUGAGACUGAUGAUUCCAUAUUUGGUCGCCGUGUGACCCCCAAGGGAUCAGACUCACCCAUAAUUCCAUGGCCACAGUCACCUGAGUUGUGCUCCUCAGUGGCAGAGAGUAACAGUGCGCUGACAGAGAGAGAAGAGAGUGAUGUGCAGAGCCGUGGGAGUGCUCUUGAACCUGGGGAAUUCCCAGCGGUCCCCAGUGAAGAGAGAAAUGGCUUCAAAGUCCCCAGUAGAAUAGAUGGAGAAACCAAAACAGCUAAAAGUUGGCGCCAUCCGCUUAGCAAGCCUCCAGCAAGAUCCCCAAUGACUCUGGUGAAGCAGCAGGCAACAAGUGAUGAAGGUUCCAUCAGCAAGCCCUGGCAGCAGCCCUUCCACAGUGGCCCAAAUGUUUUUCUAUUGAGAAAUCCACUUACACUGAAAUUGCCGGAGGUUCCAUCAAUUGAGGAAGAAGUAGAAGAAACAGAAUCUUGGGCAAAGCCUCUGGUUCACCUUUGGCAGACGAAGUCCCCAAACUUUGUGGCUGAACAAGAGUAUAAUGCAGCCAUGGGCAGAAUGGAGCCAUACUGUGCUAUCUGUGCUCUCCUCAUGCCAUACUACAAGCCAGAUAGCAGCAAUGAAGAAAAUGAUUCUAGAUGGCAGACAAAACCAGAUAAAGUGGUUACUUCAGGAGGAAAGACUAAGCCCCUCAUUCCAGAGAUGUGUUUUAUCUAUAGCGAAGAAAAUAUAGAAUAUUCUCCACCUAAUGCCUUCCUGGAAGAGGAUGGAACAAGCCUUCUGAUUUCCUGUGCAAAGUGUUGCGUACGGGUUCAUGCAAGUUGUUAUGGUAUCCCUUCUCAUGAAAUUUCUGAUGGAUGGUUAUGUGCCCGGUGCAAAAGAAAUGCAUGGACAGCAGAUUGCUGUCUCUGCAAUUUGAGAGGGGGCGCUCUUAAGGAAACUAAGAACAAUAAGUGGGCCCAUGUCAUGUGUGCUGUCGCGGUCCCAGAAGUUCGAUUCACUAAUGUCCCAGAAAGGACACAGAUAGAUGUAGGCAGAAUACCUUUACAAAGGUUAAAAUUGAAAUGCAUCUUCUGUAGACACCGGGUUAAGAAGGUCUCUGGAGCUUGCAUCCAGUGUUCCUACGGCCGCUGCCCAGCCUCAUUCCACGUCACAUGUGCUCAUGCUGCUGGAGUGCUGAUGGAGCCUGACGAUUGGCCAUACGUGGUGAACAUCACGUGUUUUCGACAUAAGGCCAACCCAAAUGUGAAGUUCAAGGCUGGCGAGAAGGGCAUCUCUGUGGGGCAGACUGUCAUCACGAAGCAUCGGAACACUCGGUACUAUAGCUGCAGAGUGAUCGCCAUAACAUCACAAACCUUCUAUGAGGUCAUGUUUGAUGAUGGCUCCUUUAGCAGAGACACAUUCCCUGAGGAUAUUGUGAGCCGAGACUGUGUGAAACUGGGCCCUCCUGCCGAAGGAGAAGUCAUCCAAGUCAAGUGGCCUGAUGGCAAACUCUAUGGGGCAAAAUAUCUCGGAUUGAAUGUGGCCCACAUGUACCAGGUUGAAUUUGAAGAUGGAUCCCAGAUAGCAAUGAAGAGAGAGGACAUCUACACUUUAGAUGAAGAGUUACCCAAGAGAGUGAAAGCUCGUUUCUCCACAGCCUCUGAUAUGCGGUUUGAAGACACAUUUUAUGGAACAGACAUAAUCCAAGGGGAGAAAAAGAGACAAAGAAUGCUGAGCUCCAGAUUUAAGAAUGAAUACGUGGAUGACCCCGUGUACCGCACUUUUUUGAAGAGCUCUUUCCAGAAGAAGUGCCAGAAGAGACAGUAGUCUGUGUGUGCUGCUGCAGGACCCAGAGCAGCUUGGGCCAGAGAGGAAAGGCGAGGGGACAGCCAUGGGCUGUGCUGUGUGAUCCCGCAGUGGGUGACAGAGUGGCUCUGACUGGAAAACUAGGCUUCCCGGGGUGUGGUAACCCAAACCACAAAAUACACACGGUAUUCAUUGGGUACAACAACCUGGAGUCAUCCCCUGCUCUUGCUUUCACUUGCGAGCCAUUGUCUUUUAUGAUCCCAAAGGAUUUUUCUAAGUGAGAGGAAAUAAUAGUGAAUCACCCACCAAAAAAGCCACUGCCAGAGGAGAUGGGUCACCAAGUGUGGCUUAGGCCCCUAGUCAGGGAACUCCCCUCCCGGCCCAGUGGUGGGAUCCUCAACACCCAGGUGGGAGGGUGAUAACUUAUAUAUUUUCCACAGUCAGGGAAGGACUCUCACUUAUUUGUUUCAAAUAGCAUUUUUUAUAAAACAUUUUUAAAGCGCAGUGGCAUGUAUGGUAAUGAGAUUUACCCGUGUGCUAUCUCUAUUUCCCUUGUACAGAACUUUUGCAUUUUUUUAUAUCCCUAUUGUUUUCGACUGUGUCUGAUGAAAACUAAGUUGCUGGCCUUUGUGAAAUUUUUGGCUCUUGAGAAAGAAUUCUUAUGAACUGUAUGGGAAUUUUAUAUAUUUAAAGAGGGAAAUCUGGGGCUGUUAUUUUUAAACACUUUUUUUCAUAAUACAUAUUCUGAGUAGAUAUUUAUAAAAUGUUUCUUUCAUUAUGUGUUUGUAAAAUUAGAGUUUAAAUAAAUAUGCUUUGAUGCAUAAUUUUGAAUUAAUAUGAUUUUUCCUUUUUAAAACAGCCUGAAAAUGUACUAGUGUUUAAAAAUAAAGAUUUCCAUUUUCUCCA